AUGAAACAUAAAAAAUAAAUGACAUUGUAAUCAGCUAAUCAUUCUAGAUAAUCAUCUAUCUCAUCUUAGGGUUCUGAAAAUUCAAAGAAUAAAUUUAAUGGAUGCUAUAUAUAAAUUUCACCCAGAUUCGAUGCUAAUAAUGGUUUGGCUUUCAAGAAUGAAGUAAAAGAAGUUAAAAUAACUUCUCCAAAACAUGAAUGUUUAUCGCCUCAUUAAGAAAUUAUACCCCAUCAUAGAAAAUCUGUGUAAUCUAUGAAAGAGGAUCCUUUAAAAAAGAGUUAAUUUAGUAAAGUAAUCCACACAAUUGAUGAAUUAUAAUGA